CACGAAUCGAACCGACUGAAGGGUACAAGGAGGAUGCUGGCGGGGCUCUUUUCAACACAAACAAAGCGGAGAGAUCAGGUGCAUUGUCCACAGUGGAAAUCAUUAGAUAAUUUCAUCGUUGGCUCUUAGCUGUUGUGUCCUGGAACGCAACGUUCUCCGGGGUUCCAGAAGUGCCACAUGGUUCUGCUUCGGCACAUAUCCAUCGCCCUAACUGCAGCGGUGGCUGCCUUCGGGUCCGCGCUGUUUAUCGCCUUAAAUUAUUUCUACAGAAGGCGAAUAUGGUCCCCCGAAGCGGAUUAUUACAUGAUAGAAGAGGUAAGCUCUUAUCUUUGCCAUGUAGGACAGUCGGCAUAAGUUUAUGGCUCUGUAACUGUUGCAAUCGGGGGACAGACGCACAGUUUUCACGGUUUAUCCCUGGAUUCUUUACGUGCCAGAGCAGUGAAAGUUCUGUAGGGGCGCCAGUGGCAUCGAACGCAUGCAGGCAUAGACGAAUUAACGAAUCACUUAUGUCUCGACAUGGGGCCUUCCAGCCCAGACAAUGCAUAUGACAUGAAUGAUAAGCGUUCAUCUCAGACCAUGUUGAUAACAAACUGAUCAUCUGACUUCAUGAUGAUAAUGAUGAAGGGUUUUGACAAAGAUUGAUGCACAUAAUGAGAAUCAUACAGGUUUACGGUCCAAGAAAGCUACAAGAAAAUACAAACUAAUAGUCUAAUGUUAAAGGAGAAAAUGCAAAUAAUUCCCAGUCAUAAUAAUAAUUGCCUGUAGAAUUAUUUUUCUUUGACUAUAGCCUAUAUGGACAUAGGCCUAUUACCUGAAAUGAACUAAUAUGAUUUUCAGGAGCUCAAAUGGUCUUGAUUCAAACAAAGAGGCCAGAUUAGGCUAUAGUUAAUGUAAUCAAGGGAGAAUUUCACAUAUUAACUCCUCAAAUUUGUCAUUUGCCUAUAGUGUGCCACUCACAAACCAAUGAGAUGGUAUAGAGCUGAUGUAACUAACAUCCGUGCCAUAACAACAUUACAUAGUGGUCAAAGUGCAAAUGCAGUUAUUGUAGACCAAGUAAACAGCUAUUGGUGGUUCAGUUAAAUGCAGCAGCUACUCCUCCUGUGGUCCACAUAAAACAUACAAAUACAUGACCAAGUACAGAACAGUAAAAGACAAGAACAACAUAAUAUAUUACAUUAAAUUCAAAAUAAAAAUAAGAGUUAUAUAUAGGAAAGACACAGAGAGACAACAAAAAUGCUAUUUACACACUAUUCACAUACACAUUUAUUCUUAUUUUCAGUACAGUUAAAUGAGAUCUUUAGAAAGAGGAGAUGCGCUUUGAUACAAUAUGUUUUUCAUCUGUUUUUUAAAGCUAAACUUGCUUUUUGCCUGAGUAACCUCUGGUGGCAGAGCAUUCCACAAUGACAUGGCUCUAUACAUAAGUGAGCGAUGCAUUAAAUCUGUUUUUGGUUUGGGUACCGUGGGGUCACAACAACAGAGGCUGCUGCCUGCUUUGCACACAAAAAUGCAAGUGAUUGUGAAAUACUGCAGCAUUAUCUAUACUUUACUGGUAAUCAUACAGGGACAGAUAGUGAAAAAUGCUGAUGUAUGUAAGCAAAUCAUAUUGCUGGUCUGCACUUUACAGGAAUAACAAUGAUCUAUAUAUCUGUAUCUUUGAGAAGAAAGGAAAUGGGAUAAGAUAACUUAAUCUUACUGUUGUGAGAGAACAGGUGUUCUGAUGGCUGUGUGUGUGUUGAGCAGGAGCAGGAGGAGGGUGUACAGCGCCAGGUGCUAGUCCUUGGCCUAGACGGAGCUGGGAAGAGCAGUAUGCUGCAGGGGCUGACAGCCACAGAUGGAGACAAGAGAGGGCACUGCCGUCCCACCAGGGGCUUCAACUUUAUGAGCCUCAGUGCCCCUGCCUGUCAGCUGAAUUUCCUAGAAAGUAAGCUAUGCAGUUUACACCAGAUUUCAGCAUAUGCUUGCAGGGCAAUUCAACCGGCCUGUAAGACUCCAUGCAAGAGUGCUUUAAGCCUUCUCUAUGACCUUUAAAUUUGUCACAUGGAUUUUAAACUAUCAGUUUGGCCCUGAAAAUGCCAGUGGCUUUACCAAAAGCAUUAUAAUCAUGUGCCUUUGCUUAGACUCACUCAUACGUUUGGACAACAACAUGCAUCAUUUACCUUUUCUUGAGUGGAAUAAUUCAUUUAGCCUUCUUGUAAUGUGUCAAACAAAUAAGAAAGUAAAAAACAAGUUCAUACAUCUUCCUUAUUGCCUAUCAACACUUCUCAAGUAACCCACCUACUCUGUCUACUGUCUUACAGUUGGAGGGGGUGAGGAUUUGCGGAUGUACUGGGCAGAGUACCUGGGGAAGACACAUGUCCUGGUGUACGUGGUUGACUCCUCUGACAGAAGACGUCUCCCACAGGCCAAGGCUGAGCUGCAUCGCCUCCUCAGACUGCACUCACAACUUCCUGUGGUGGUCCUGGGGAACAAACAGGUGACCUUGACUAUUAUACUGUCUUAUACUAUCCGUGGGUGGAUUUCCAUUGGAGAUAGAAACACCUAUAGAAUGGAAACUUUUUCAAUUUCUAUAGAAACACAUUUGUUGAUCUUACUGUGGGCAAUAUGAGUGUCUCGGAUAUGGAUACACGUAUACUGGAUACAUGUAUGCUCUCCAGUGAGUACAUACUGUUAGUAACCCUUCACUUGAGCAGUGUUAUAAAGAAUUUGUAAUACUGUUAUAAGCAUGAUGUUACACCUGUCAUGACCAGUGUUGUGAUACAUCCAUGCAUUGCUGUUUAGAUUGUCAAACUGUUUUAAAUACAAUCUAGUCAUUUUAACAGAUGCUCAUCAUACCCAGUGUGACUUGACAGUAAACUUCACUGUCCGUCUUGUGUGUCCUCUCCCCUCUAGGACAAGCCCAACGCCUUGAGUGUGUCGGAGCUCCAUGAGGCCCUGUCUCUGGGGGCGGUGGCAGACGAGAGGAGGCUGUUCCUACUGGCUGCCCAGCUAGGCUCAGAUGGCCUGAUUUGCUCCCGUAAUCUGCAGGCCUUCCAGGACUUGCUCCUACAGCUCGUCUGAUGCCCCAGGACAGGAGUAGUGAGCGGGGGGUUGACCAGGAAGGUGGGAUGGGGAGAGAGGUCCAUGGAUGUGCCCGUGUGGUAAGGACGAGUGGCAAAUGGCCAUUACUGUGUGUGAAUACUUUUGAACCCUUCAGUGGCAGGGACCAAAAAUAGUCAGGGUUCGAUAUACAGUCAGGUCCAUAAUUAUUGGCACCCUUGAUAAAGAUGAGCAAAAAA